AUGGCGUACUCGAGAAUGUCCGCGCUAGCCUGUGCACUGCCUCUGGUGGCGCUCGUCCUGGCGUCGCUCUGCCUCAACACCUCCGCCGAGCUCGCCGUCCCCGAGGCUGCCUCGUCCGCGCUUGCCGCUGCCAUGUCCGGCGAUCUGGCUCAGCUCGACGCCACAAAUGCUCUCAGCGACGACGCUGCGACGAGGAGGAUUCUCGACGACGACGACGACGAUGAUGACGAGGACAAGGACAAGAAGAAGAAGGACAAGAAGGAGGACAAGAAGAAGGAGGACAAGAAGUCGAAGAAGUCUCCUCCCACUCCCUCGCCUUCCACUCCCACCACUCCCAACAAGAAGGGCGGCAAGAAGACUCCCCCCACUCCCACAACCCCCGCCACUCCUGGCAAGCCCGCCACUUCCGGCAAGCCCGGCACGCCCGGCGCGGGGAAGCCGGCGGUGAAGCUGAGCGGGUCGGACUCGAAGGUGGUAUCGCUGCUGGAUGCGGCGGCGGUGGACGUGGACAGCGCCAAGGCGAAGCUCUCCGUCAAGACGUACGUCAAGAGCCUCACGGACACGGCGGCGGCGCUGCGCAACGCCGCCAUUCUGAUUCGCACUGGGCAGCGCACGCUGGUGGCGGGGCAGAUCGACAACUCGAUCGCCACCAUCAACGGUGUGAGCAUCAUGCUCCCCGCCGGCGGCGCCGACAAGAGCCUGCUCGCGUCCGCCCUUGGCAAGGCGCAGAGCGCCAAGGCCGCGUGGAAGGCCUGUUCCUGCAAACGCCAUUGCCCUGCUGCCUUCAGGGCAGGCAGCACCUAG